GCCAAGGUUUCAAGAAUAGCUCGGUACUCAGCUAUUGGUGGCCGUAUGGCGCAGGGAGCGGCCUGAGUGACACAUCUGGCUUUGUGUGGAGGAAUAAUAUCACUGACAACAUAUCAAUGGCGCGGGUGUUUUGUCUCGACGUGAACAGAGAAGGAGACCAGCUGGUCACAGUGGCAACUCCGAGUAUUGGCACUCAGUCGAGUGUCGUGUGGCUUUCCACGGCGACUGGCAAUCGAACGAGCGUCGAGAUAACUGCGGACUUUGUAUGGAGCGUGGCAUUCAAUCCGAAGAAGACGGAACUGUUCAUCUCCGACAUCGACGAUCCCGUUCGGAUUCUGUCGAUGGGGGUCACAGAGUCCGGGAGGCUGGACGCCAGCGGGACAUGGAAGGAAGUGUCUAAUUUCUCCACCGGCGAUUCGAACAUUGCAAGCGCCGUAUUCGACUCAAGUAGCUUUCUGCCGGACGAGAGCUGCCUUUAUUUCGCCGAUGGCGAUUAUAACCAAGUUUGGGCAAUAGAUCCUCGCUCCGCUUCCGCGACGGCCACCCUUGUGGGCGGAUCGGGCAAGAGCUGGUCCGUCGAUGGCGAUGGUCCGAACGCAGUAGCAACACCGGACGGAUGUAACGUCUUCGUUACCGGGCAGGGGCGCGGUUUACUUCGGUGGCUGAAGCUGGACGCGCCCUGCAGCAAGGCGACCAGUGUACAGGACGUCGCCAGAUACAGUGCCGGCGGGUUGUCGGGAUUGGCGCUUCGCCAAGCGGGCAGCGAACUGAGUCUGCACAUCGGAGCGUCCGAUGGUUCCGUGUUCGAGCUGAUAAUCAACAAUUCAAGGCUCCACUCUUGCGCGCCUACUCCUCCCCCGGUCGACCCGCCCUUCUUCCCACCUUCCUGGGAUAUGCCUUCAUCUUCUGGGCCCUCGCCUUCAGGAUCUUCGCCAGUUCCCCCCAGCUCCCGAGGAACUAAUUUAGGUCUCAAGGUCGGGGUGCCGGUGUCGAUCUCAGCCUUCCUGGCGCUUGCCACGUGCCUUACCCUUGCAAGUCAGACGAAUUUAGCUGGCAGCUCUCCAGCACUGCACAGAAAAUUUCAGCAAGAUAUACCGCAUCGGGAACAGUGGAGCGUUCGGAGAUGUGUACUGGGGCUCGAUCGACGAUCAGGAUUUGGCCAUCAAGGUGAUGACGGGGGAUCUGACGGAGGGAAAGAAAAGCAUGUUCCUGGCAGAAGUGAACACGUUGAGCAGACUCCAUCAUGCCAGGGAGGAAGUCUGUACGCUCGCCUGCACCACAGAGAGAAGGCAGUUCCUGGAAGACCUUUUCUCCCUCCUCUGACACUCGUUGAGCGGAUGUGUAUCGCCUGGCACAUUGCCAGGGGGCUCAGUUACCUUCACGGGGGAGUCGAGCCGCCAGUCAUUCAUCGCGACAUCAAGAGCAGCAACGUCCUUCUUGGUGAUGGCGCGGGGGAGAAGCUGCGCAUCGUGCUCGCGGAUUUUGGACUAGCGACCAUCGGAGAAAGAGUGUUCGGCGACACGGCGGUGAAGACGUUCGGAUACAUGGCGCCGGAGUACGUGAUGAGCGGAAUCCUGUCGGAGAAGAUCGACGUGUACGCUUUUGGCGUGAUCCUUCUGGAACUGCUUACGGGGCGAAAGGCGGCCACGGAGGCGCCGUCCGGUAACGGGUCAUGGCAAACGCUAGCGGAUUGGGCGAGGUCGUUCUUGCGAAGCGAAUUUAUUGCUGGUGGAGGGAUGCCGCAUGCAGUUCUGGACUCUUGCUGUUCAUAUGACGACUCAUUGACUAACAGGAAAUUGGCCUUCAAUGCGGCCUAUCCUGAAGAUGCGGGCAGAUGCACUACCCUAAAUUCAGCGGACAAUCCGGAGGAAGCGAGGGAACUGGUUACCACUAUGAGGGAGGGAGGCGAGAUAGUCGGGGUAAAGGGUGGUGAAAGUUCGGAGAAGCGCCAUGCGGAAGUGAUCGUGGUUUUCGCACGCGGGGAUAGUCUCCGUGAUCAUGCAAUAAACCUCGAUGAUGUUGUGGCCUCGCCACGCAGCACUGAAGAGAAGGACGUGGAGGCAGAAGGCAGGGAUGGCACACCGGGUAGAAGGAUGGGGGUGAAUCGUGACAGCAAGACAGGUGGUUUAGAAGAAACGGAAAGUGUCGAUUGGGAAGGGAUGGUUGUGGAAGGUGAUGCGGGUAGUGAUCUGGCGGAGGGUUAGGUGGUCAAGGGGACGACGAGAUAUGGAUCAGGGACGAAGCCCGAUGCCCCGCAUCGGUACGAGCUCGA